AUGUCGAGCUCCUCAAACACAGUUGAGACAUUUCAGAAAACUCUUUAUCCAUUCAUAAAACCACGAGAGCAAGUCAAUUAUAUCCGACGAGUCUUGGCACUUCAUCUCGGAUCAUGCUCCCAUGAUGGCCCAGUCAAGCAACCAGUGUCCCUGGCAGAUGCAACACGCGACGUGACUCCUGACCCUGACUCAAAAGGGUUCUACAGAGAGUAUAUUGAAGCCUUGAGAGCCAAUGUCGACGCCCGUCGAAAGUAUGAAGAUACUGCACAGUCACAUCUAGCCUCAUCAGCUUCAAAUCAAGACUUACCAUCCAGCAACGAGCUACUGGAAGAGCGACUGUCACUUCUAAAGCUUCAGGCCAAGCAGAAUCGACUAUCAGCUGUCCAGGGUCAUCUCGACACACUCAUGCAAAAGCCAGCCGCUGCACCUGAAUAUUUAGACCCUGAGGAUGUUUUUCACGAGGCUGCCAGUCUACCCAAAGUCCCAAAGGAGGUGGUUAACAGUCUCAUCGCACAGCAGAGCGUCAAAAAGACAGAUCUGACAGAGCAAGUUGCCCAGCUUGAAAAGACUGUGUUGAGAGCGAAGCUUCUCCUGAAAAGAGAAGAGCAACUACUUCGUGAAACAAGGGCGAACGCCCAGAGCAUCCCGGAUGUAAUCAGCAAUGGCAUAAGAUUACAUGCUCUGAAUACAACGCGAAGUGAACUCAUCCAAUGGAUUGAAACUGAGCUGAGCAAAGCAUCAGGGGAUGAGGAGGGGGGUGAGGAGAGUGGUUCCAAGAGCCAUGCUCAGUCGACUGCGGAUCAAGCCACUAUAAACGAACAGCUCGAUACGAUAAAGGACAAAUACGCCAAAUACCUUGCAAAUAGACGGUCCCUGCUGUCCUCUGUUGAUGAAAAGUUUGAUUACUCGGCAGCUCCAAUCCUGGCUCCAUCCACGGCCAAACAACAGGUAGAUGAACCAGAACCGGCCUCAAGCACCUAUCUUCUCACUCCAUACAUCGCAACUCUUCUCUCACUAUCAAAGAAGCAAAGAGCGAUGAUAGUGCAGAAGGCACAUGUAAACACAACUAUCGGCAAGGAAAUUAAGGACAACUGCCAAUCGCUUGGUCAUCUAGAAGAUGAAAGCCAGCUACUCCCGUCUCACUCUACGGCACCGGAACCUCGACGUAGAUCCGUUUUGGGAGAGUUUCUCACAUCUGGUGAACGAUCAGGCUUGACUGGGAAAGUCCAACCUUGGGUUCUUGCUGCCGACUCGGCCAAAAUUGCAACACUUGAGAACGUGGCAGAACAGGUUGAAGGCGGACAGCUUGCCUUGGAAAACUCUAUGCAAACAUUGCAACAGAUCGAUCAACUUUUGGGCCAGGUUGAGGAGGAUCAGGAGGACGAUACUCAAGCUGACACUACAGAGGGUGAUGUUUGGCUGGAGACGGGUCCCAAGUCUCCCAGUAAAGUGAGGAAACAUACAAAAAAGGGCGGCACGGAAAAACCAAGAGAUGUAUGGUCUACUUUGCAUGGCAACCUUGGAUUACUCGGCCAAGAAGACGCGGCUUAG